CGUCUUCCUCCUCCGUCCUCCACGGAGAGGUGUCGCAGCAUCUCUCUCUCUCUCACUCUAUAUAUAUAUAUAUAUAUAUAAUAAGUGAACUCUUCACGUUCAACAAUUGACUCUGGUAAGAAAAGGGUCAGUUUGAAUGCCGAAUCUGAAACGAGGUAGUCGACCGCCAUGGGUGGGACUUGGAGCGGCUGUCUGGAUUCAAAUAUGUUCUGGAAACUCCUGCACCUUCCCUCUCUACUCUCACUCUCUCAGAUCCGUUCUCGGUUUUAAUCAGCGGCAGAUUGCCUUGCUCGGUGUCGCCAUCGACAUUGGCGAGAACGUUGGCCUUCUUCCUGGUCUCGCCUCCAAUAAGUUCCCUCCUUGGCUCAUUCUUUCCCUCGGUGCCCUUAUCUCUUUUCUUGGCUAUACUGUUCUCUGGCUUUCUGUUAGUCGCACUCUUCUCUCUCUUCCUUAUUGGUUGUUAUGGAUUGCUUCAGCUGUUGCCACCAACAGUAGUGCAUGGUUAACCACAGGUGUUCUUGUCACCAGCAUGAGAAACUUCCCUGUGAGCAGAGGCAUAGUCGCCGGAAUACUCAAAGGCUAUGGAGGUUUAGGUGCUGUAGUUCUCACUGAAAUUUAUAGCCUGGUCCUUCACAAUUCUUCCUCCAAGUUCCUCCUGUUCCUUGCCCUUGGCAUUCCUAUUACAUGUUUCACCUUGAUGUUUCUUGUCAGGCCUUGCACUCCUGCUUCUGGGGAAGACUCCUCGGAAAAUGGCCAUUUUGUCUUCAUCCAAGCCUCUAGUGUAUUCCUAGGCUUAUACCUUCUGGCAACCAUAGUACUUAAUGAUGUUGUCUCCUUAAGUGAUGCAGUGUCCUAUGUUUUGAUCUUUGUGAUGAUCCUCCUCCUCAUGGCUCCUCUUGCUGUCCCUAUGAAGAUGACAUUGUUUCCCAGAAAAGCCAUCAAACAAGAGGCACCUCAGGCGCAAGUAGGAUCUUUGGAGCGUGAUGAGAAGUCAGAACCUUUGUUGCUUCCGGAAUCUUCAUCGUCAGCAACACUUGGGAGUUUUUAUGAAUCAAAUGAUGAUUCAUCUGAGGUGGCUAUGCUUCUUGCUGUGGGUGAAGGGGCAGUGAAUAAGAAGAGGAGGCGGCCUAAAAGAGGGGAAGAUUUUAAGUUUGGAGAGGCAGUGAUCAAAGCUGAUUUUUGGCUUCUGUUUCUGGUUUUCUUUGUUGGUGUAGGAACUGGGGUUACUGUGCUGAAUAAUCUAGCACAGAUUGGGAUUGCACAAGGAGUAGAAAAUACCACAAUCUUCUUGUCGACUUUCAGCUUCUGCAAUUUUGUGGGUCGGCUUGGUGGAGGAGUUGUUUCUGAACAUUUUGUCAGAUCAAAAACAAUCCCACGAACAGUGUGGAUGACAUGCACACAGAUAAUAAUGAUCAUCUCGUACCUGCUGUCUGCAUAUACUGUGAGUGGAACUCUUUAUCCUGCAAUAGCAUUUGUGGGAAUCUGCUAUGGCGUGCAAAUUUCUGUAAUGAUUCCUACUGUUUCUGAGUUAUUUGGCCUCAAGCACUUUGGCAUUUUCUACAACUUCAUGUGCUUGGGAAACCCUCUUGGCGCCUUGCUUUUCUCUGCCCUCUUAGCCGGCCAUGUCUACGACGCUGAAGCAGCCAAGCAGCAUGGUCUGAGCCACCUGUUGUAUGGCUCUUCAACUAAGGCCUGCAUUGGUCCCUCCUGCUUUGGGCUGACCUUUUUGGUUCUGGCAGGAGUGUCUGCUGUAGGCACCCUCUUGAGCAUUAUUUUGACUAUUAGAGUGAAGCCUGUUUAUCAAAUGCUUUAUUCUGGUGGUUCUUUUAGGCUUCCCCCAUCCUCUUCAAGCCAUUAAAAUGACAUUGAGUCUUGUGACUUCUAAUACUUGAGUCCUGAGAUAUGCACACGUGUCUGAUAUUUGUAUUACUAUAAGACGCGCGCGCGCGCGCGCGCACGGCUUAGCAUCAGCUUGAGGCGAUCACCCAUUUGAUCUCUAGCUGAGUGGUUGUAUCUAUCAGUAUAAUUUAAGUUCAAUAUUUUGGUAUUAAUUUGUGAAAAAAAUUGCUGGUUUGGGUAUGCAUGUUCAGCUGAAAGUUGUAUCAACAAUUCUCAGUUCUCUCUCUU